AUGUUUAUAGACUUUCCACUGGUAUAUAAUAAAAGUGGGACAGUGAUGCCGUUUACUACUACUACUACUACUACUACUACUACUACUACUACUACUACUACUACUACUACUACUACUACUACUACUACUACUACUACUACUACUACUACUACUACUACUACUACUACUACUACUACUACUACUACUACUACUACUACUACUACUACUACUACUACUACUACUACUACUACUACUACUACUACUACUACUACUACUACUACUACUACUACUACUACUACUACUACUACUACUACUACUACUACUACUACUACUACUACUACUACUACUACUACUACUACUACUACUACUACUACUACUACUACUACUACUACUACUACUACUACUACUACUACUACUCCUACUACUACUACUACUACUACUACUACUACUACUACUACUACUACUACUACUACUACUACUACUACUACUACUACUACUACUACUACUACUACUACUACUACUACUACUACUACUACUACUACUACUACUACUACUACUACUACUACUUGUCCUUAA